AGACACCAUUGCACCUCCAUCAGCUUCUCUUUGCUCCAUUUCGAGAGAACAACAAGCAAAGCAACUCCAGCUUCUAUUACUUACAGCCAUGGCAUCUCACCUCAGAUCCGCAAGUGUGCCUUCCAGCCCUAGCUCCUGCGAGACCAAUGUCGAAGAAAAGCUUCAGACCCUUAACGCAUCUACCUCUUCGACCAUCGAGAUGGUAUGCGAUGGUUUGAGGAAGCUUGGAGACAUCUACGACUGCAUCGACGAGCUGGCAUCUUUGCCCAGCAGCCAAGUUGUCCUUUGCAAGCCGCAGCAGAGGAUGGCCGUGGAGCAAGAGCUUGAGUGCUCCCUUGUUUUGCUCGACCUCUGCGAUGUUGUACAAGUGAGCUUCUCUGAGCUGAAGGCAACUGUCCAGGACAUGCGGUUCGCCAUCAAGAGAGGAGAUGAUGCGGCUCUUCAGGCCAACAUUAUCUCUUGGUUCCGCCUGGCCAAGAAAGCCCAAAAGCAGCUCAAGAAGGUCUGCAAGAAGUCCUCUUUCCCUGACCAGGAGAGCUGCAGAGUGGUCAAGUUGUUGGUUGAAGCUAGAGAAACCGCGGUCAAAAUGAUCGAGUCCUCAUCGGAUCUCAUGUUGAAGCAAAUCACGAUGCCGAAUUCUAGCAAGUGGUCUCUUGUAUCCAAGACAUUCCAGAAGACGAGAGUUACAUGCAAGGAGGAGCAAUUGCAGGUGCUGGAGUUGGACAUCGCUGAUCUCGAGAGCGGAGUCGAGACUUUGUUCAGGAGAUUGAUCCAGAGCAGAGUUUCCCUUUUGAAUACUCUGAGCUUGUAG